AUUAUAUAAAUUCUCGCGAUCUCUCUCUCUCUCUCUCUCUCUCAUCUUUUAUACUCUCACAGUCUUUCUCUCAUCGUCGAUCACUCUCUCUCUCUCUCUCUUAUCUUUGUCAGCGAUCAUCGUUGUCUACGAUCAUCUUGCUGAUUCGGUUGAAGGCUCUCAAUUACUCUCUAUUUCUCUUUAGUCCUCUACGAUCUCAUUGUUUUUGGUGCCUAAGUCACCAAGAACCAAAUCUAUUUUAUCAGAAAUCUUUCUCUGCUUGAAAUUUGUGGAAAGACUGAGAGAGUGGUGGUUGUUGUGCAACGCGCGUGCUUACUCCAUUGAAGAGCUCAAAGCUUUGCCUUGAAUUUUACAGAUACAUUUUUUAUUUUUAUUAUAAAUAUUGAACAAUUAAUUUAUUUUCUCUCUCUCUCUUUUUUUUUUUUUUUUUUUUGCAUGAGAAAAAAUUUAGUGCAAUUUUUCAGUAGUCUUUUUUUUUUUUCCCCUUUCUAUUUUCCUCCCGAUUUUUUUCCUCUCCUAUUUUCUAACUCCAAAAAAAGCUUAAUUAAUUUUAUUUUUAUUUUUAUUUUGUUCUUCUGUUCUAAGACCAUAUUUUUAAGAUUUAUUUGAUUUCAUUAGUAUUUUUGAAAAAUAAAAAAAGUCUAGUAGCAGAAUCCUUUGAAAAGAACUCAAGGCGGAAGGAGACCAUAAAAUGUAUGGCGUUUCAGGUUCUGAAGAGGUUGUGUUGAAAGAACCAUACAGUUUUUAAAGAAAUUGUGUUGAAAGAAAUAGCAUUCUAUGGAUAAUUAUCUCCCCACCAAAUGCAGGGGCGUAUCAGGUUUUGAAGAGAUAUUUGUGUUUAAAGAAAUUGAAAAGGUCGUGCAAGAAUUGGUUAUGAUGUCGACAAGCAAGUGCAAGAUGGAGGAUCUUCCGAAAGAGUUGGUGAUUUCAACCCUGUUACGUCUACCAGCGGAAGAUCUUCGACGAUUGAAAAGCGUCUGCAAGUCAUUAUACUCCAUUAUCACCAGUCGGCCAUUCAUUGAGGUACGCCGGAAGACAAGGAAUUCUUAUAUCCUUGUCAAAUACGAGGAUCUUAUCAGUAACAAUCAUGUCAUCUCUUUACUUUGUGAUGAAACCUUAGAAGUCGUUUAUACCCAAACAAUAUUAUCCGAUACUCCAUUAAUGGAUUCAAUGAGCUCUAAAGAUCGUGUCGUCAAGGUGGUGGGCUGUUGUAAUGGUGUGGUAUGUCUUAGGCGUAUAGAUAUGUAUGUCUUGUGGAACCCUGCAACAAGAGAUGCAAAAAUUAUUCCAGAUGGAUUGUACAAAAGCAAUCCGGAUAAGAAAAUGUUUCAACGUCGAGAGAUGGGAUUCGGUUUUGAUCCCAAAAACAAUGAUUACAAACUUGUCUCAAUCCAAAGAUUGUUUGGAGACAAUCGACGCCCUGUCCGUCCGUGCCAACAAGAGGUUGAAGUUUACAGCUUAAAAGCAGGUUGUUGGAAAUUGCUACCAGGUAUCUUCCCAACUUGUGAUAUUAUGUCAGCAUAUUCAGUUGAAGGAUGCAACGGUGGCAAAAUGUUUUCGUGGUUGGUAUGUAAUGACGAGUAUGGAGAACAUGUCAUGUCAUUUGACAUGAGCAAUGAGGUAUUCAUAACAACACCUUUGCCUCCUUGUAUAAUUGAAAGAAGCAGUCAUGGUAAUUGUCGGAAUAGCCUUAUGUUUCAUAAUGCAUCCCUUGCUCUUGAUCAUCGUGUCAAAGGUGGAAAUAAUCAAACAGAGACCCAUAACAUAUGGGUGUUGGGUGAAUAUGGUGUUAAGGAAUCAUGGACUAAUCUAUUUACUGUUGGACCCUUCAAAUUAUUAGGACCGAGUAUAAGAGGAUUUUGGAACAACAAUAAGGUUCUUCUCCAAGUACGCGGAGGUGGAUGUCGUCAUGAUCUGAUCUUGGUAGACCCUUCCAUCCGAAAAAUUAAAGAUUUGGAUAUUCAUGGAACAUCACCGCAAGUGUUCAACUACCAAGAAAAUCUAGUUCAAAUUAACGCAACUCCUCCUAUCAACUUAUUUUAAUUUAGCUAUUUCUGUUUUUGUUUGUUGGUCUAAUUGUUUUUAGUUUAUCUAUUUAUAUAUGUUUUUUAGUUGGUCUGAUUGUCACGGAUAUGAUAGAGUUGAUGUUAAUUAAGUUUUCAUGGAUGUAUCUACUAUCUUGGACUCAUCAUUGUUUCAGGCUAUAUAUCAAUAAAGCUUUUAUUGUUCUUUA